AUGGCAAAACAGCCUAAUUUCCUCGUUAUUGUUGCUGAUGACCUUGGCUUUUCUGAUACUGGGUGCUUUGGCGGGGAAAUCAAGACUCCGAAUAUCGACAGUCUGGUGAACGGAGGUAUUCGGUUCACUGACUUUCAUGCUGCGGCAGCAUGCUCGCCUACUCGAGCCAUGCUCCUGAGUGGAACAGAUAACCAUAUCGCCGGGAUUGGGACAAUGGCUGAAAUGUGGUCUGAGAAUCAAAAAGGAAAACCUGGCUAUGAGGGUUACCUGAAUGACCGAGUAGUGCCUGUCUCAGAGUUGCUUCAAUCUGCCGGAUAUCAUACCAUGCUGUCAGGGAAAUGGCAUCUUGGUCUAACUCCUGAUCGAUGGCCAAGCCGAAGAGGCUUCGAUCGAUCUUUUUCACUUCUCCCAGGAGCUGCAAAUCAUUAUGCCUGGGAACCCCAAUUACAAGCGGACAAAAAAGCUCCGGAUAUCCUGGGAGAAAUAAAUGCAUUCUAUGUGGAAGACGAUACGCAGGUUGAGCCCCACGAACUGGGAGAGGAUUUCUAUUCCUCUGAGGCGUUUGCAACGAAGCUUAUCGAGUACCUCGAUGAACGAGAUUCAAAGCAAAGGGAGAAACCAUUCUUCGCAUAUCUCGCGUUUUCCGCACCUCAUUGGCCAUUGCAAGCACCAGAAAGCGAUAUUCAGGAUUAUCGAGGCGUUUAUGAUGAGGGACCUGAAGUGCUCCGCCAAACUCGCCUUAAAAGUCUCAAGAGCCUCGGUCUGAUUCCUGAACAUGCGAUUCCGCAUGACGUUGUGGCAAUCGGAGGUCAUGAUCUUUCUAAAGACUGGGAAUCACUUGACUCAACAAAACGACAAUUCUCUUCUCGGACAAUGGAGUGUUUUGCAGGUAUGGUUCAAAACAUGGACCAACAAAUUGGACGUGUCUUGCAGUACCUCCGCAGCAAAGGGGAAUUGGACAACACAUUUAUAUUAUUUAUGUCAGACAAUGGCGCAGAGGGUCUUUUGCUAGAAGCCAUUCCCAUAAUCAAGGGAGAUGUCCACGAGCAUAUUGCGAACUACUAUGAUAACUCGUUGGAUAACUUGGGUAAGAAAGAUUCCUUUGUCUGGUACGGUCCAUACUGGGCGUCUGCUGCGACUGCACCAGGCCGUCUGUAUAAGUCAUUUACUACAGAGGGCGGGGUUCGCGUUCCACUUGUUUUGAAUUAUCCACCGUUGACGAGAGAUAUACCGAACAUCAACCACGCUUUUGCGACCGUCAUGGAUAUCGCCCCCACUGUGCUUGAACUUGCCGGGGUGGAACAUCCAGGAACAACUUACUGCGGCCGCACAGUCGCACCAAUCCGUGGCAGGUCUUGGGUUCCUCAUCUCGCAGGGCAGACAGGCAAUAUUCAUCCUGACGAUAUGGCCAUGGGAUGGGAGCUCUUUGGGAGACAAGCUAUUCGGAAGGGAAGAUUCAAAGCGGUGUAUAUACCCAAGCCAUAUGGGCCCGAGGAAUGGCAACUGUAUGAUCUGAAGAGUGAUCCUGGUGAACGAGUCGACUUGGCAGGUCGAAAGCCAGAAAUUCUAGCAGACUUGAUGGAGGAAUGGGAGAAAUAUGUGCAUGAGGUUGGAUUAAUUGUGGGAUCUGCACAGCCAUUUUACGAAGUGGACCAGGACGUUCAUUCUGUACAGGGAUAG